CAAACCGCAGCUCCCACGUGUCCACGCUGGGACAGCGCUGCCUUUCCGGCCGUGUCACGGAUCAGCUAUACGUCAGUGGACUUGUCGCUGUGGAGCACCGCUACCAUGAAGCUCUUGCUCAGCGUUACCGUCUUAUUGGCGUUUCUAGCCGCCUAUUUCAUUUACACGCCGUUACCUCCCACGGUGUCCGAGCCGUGGAAACUGAUGCUGCUGGAUGCCACGCUCCGCACUAUCGUGAAAGUGAACGAUGUAGCUCAUACCCUUGGUUUAAGCAACCAUGUGGAUGUGCUCAACUAUGCUUUCGGAAACCUUGGGGCACCAGAGACCAAAUCUAGCGAAGAUGUGCAGGUCAGCGAUACCGCCUUUGCGGGGGUCCAGGUCCUCGUGUUCCAGUCCACCCUGAAGAGUGAGGGCAAGAAGAGGGGCGUGGUGUAUGUCCAUGGGGGCGGCUGGGCUCUGGGCACUACCAGAAGGGGGUUCUACAAUUUGCUUGGCAGGCAAAUGGCAAAGGACCUAGAUGCCGUCAUUGUGUCUGUUGAAUACCGGCUCGUCCCUAAUGUCCGCUUUCCUGUACCGUAUGAAGAUGUACUGCUGGCCACCAAGCACUUCCUGCAGCCUGAGGUUCUGGCCAGGUAUAAGGUGGACCCGGACCGGGUAGGAAUAUCAGGAGACAGUGCUGGAGGCAACCUGGCGGCCGCUGUGGCUCAGCAGAUAUCCAUCGACGACAGCGUUUCUGUGAAGUUCAAGGUCCAGGCCCUGCUCUAUCCAGUGCUUCAGGCUCUGGACUUCAACACACCCUCCUAUCAACAGAACCAAUAUAUGCCCAUCCUCCACCGCAAAGUCAUGGUCCAAUUUUGGCUGGAGUAUUUGGGGACUAAUCCCAGCCACCUCCAGGCCAUGCUGGUUAAUAAUCACACAGCUCUGGAUGUGACCCAAGUAGAGGCGGUCCGGGCCAAGGUGGACUGGACUGCACUGCUUCCAGCUACCUUGCAAAAACAGCACAAGCCUGUGGUCCAGGUUCACGGUUCUUCCAAAAUCUUGGAGGAGCUGCCAGCACUGCUGGAUACACGGGCGGCUCCCCUCCUCGCAGAGAGGGACGUUCUGGCCCGGCUUCCGCAGGCCUACAUCCUGACCUGUGAGCAUGACGUGCUGCGAGAUGAUGGUCUGAUGUACGGAAAGCGGCUGCAGGAUGCAGGUGUGGCUGUGGAACAGGACCACUAUGAGGAUGGCUUCCAUGGUUGCAUAUUCUUCACUAGCUGGCCCAUGUACUCCUCUGUAGGCCUACGUGCCUUGGAAAAUUACAUCACCUGGCUCCAGAAAAACCUCUAAGUCCAUGUUCCUGUAACCAACCCCCAGAGCAUCCUUAUUGGUUUCAAGGUGUAAAGGCAACAUCUCUGUCUGGAGAAUGGAAUUUCCAAAGAAAAAACAUAACUUUAAACAAUGGGCCAAAUGUACAGAACAGCUCAGAGCCUGAGAUAUGUAGACACAUGGAACUCAAUGACUAUUUUUAGGAUUUUCACUGUAUAAAGAGAAACACCACUGUUGUAAAUUAAUUCUUUUUUUAGUUUAUCAGCAGGUGCCUGUAUAGUGACCAUAAACAUCUGUGUACUAAAAUAUUUACAUGGAUUAUUAACUUUGAAGAACUUUGGCUAUAUUUCAGCAAGUGAGAGGAAGAAAAACAACUAGAUCUGUGUAUGCUCUUCAUACCGUAAUCAUAUUCAGGCAGCAUCAGUCCUUACCUACAGUUGAAGGUGAUGCAGAAACUGUCUAUUUAAAUAAUGAUAUCAUAAAAGGGAUUUGUUGUUCAUGGCUGAAUUUGUUUUAAAGGCUGUUCUAAUAGUUUAUCCCCUCUGCUGUUACAUCACCUCAAUUGCCAAGUGCACAGAAAUUGCAUUCCUUACCUUAUUCUUUCUCAGUUCUUUCAUUCAGAAUAAACCAUUCUGUCUUGUACACUGUAAGAAUGUAUUUUAGAUAUGUUUAGAUACAUAUAUUUCAGUUUACAGGGGCACGGUGGCGCAGCGGGUUUGGCCUGGGCCUGCUCUCUGGCGGGUCUGGGGUUC